CGUGGUGUGCUUCCAAACAGUGCACGGGUUAACCUAAAAAAAAAAAGGGUUGGAAGUAAAUUGAACGAGAAGUGACGGAGUUUUGCUCAAACAUAUAAGUAUUGUCAACAGCUGAGCACAGGAGCGCUAAUCACCUGAUAGACGGAGUUUAGGUCUCUUGUGUUGGUGGCAACAUGAGUUGGAACUUCUUGACACGUUUGCUCGACGAGAUCUCCAACCAUUCCACAUUUGUGGGAAAGAUCUGGCUCACACUCCUCAUUAUCUUCAGAAUUGUUCUGACAGUGGUGGGCGGUGAGACCAUCUAUCAAGAUGAACAGAGCAAGUUUGUAUGCAAUACUGCACAACCCGGUUGCGAAAACGUGUGCUACGAUGCAUUCGCCCCUCUAUCACACGUACGAUUCUGGGUUUUUCAAAUCAUUAUGAUCACGACGCCGUCCAUUAUGUACCUGGGCUUCGCCAUGCACAAAAUCGCUCGAAUGGCCGAUGACGAAUAUCUACCACGUAAGCGCAAACUGCUGUCUAUGGUUCAUCGAGGUGUGAGUCGUGACUAUGACGAGGCUUACGAAAUGGAUGAUGAAGUUCCCAUGAUCUUGGAGGAGAUUGAGCCGUCUGAAAAGAAUAACAAAGCUGUAGCUUCGGCCAAGACUACCCCUGCAGCCGAUGCAAAGUCUGCAAAACACGACGGUCGCCGUCGCAUCAAGAGAGAUGGUCUCAUGAAAGUGUAUGUGCUGCAGUUGAUCUUCCGCGUCGCCUUUGAGAUAGCCUUCCUUUUUGGCCAGUACGUUUUGUAUGGUUUUGAAGUCGUGCCAUCCUACAUUUGCACCCGAAGCCCAUGCCCGCACACAGUGGACUGCUUUGUCUCGCGUCCCACUGAAAAGACCAUCUUCCUUGUCAUCAUGUAUGUUGUCAGUAUACUCUGCCUGGCCCUGACUGUGCUGGAAAUCCUUCAUCUGGGAAUCGGUGGUGUGAGGGACACUCUUCGUAGUCGAUCGGCUCGGAGGCUCCCUGUACACAGGCCUUCCACGUCCACUAUCUGUCACCGCCUUGCCAGUGCACCUCCGGGAUAUCAGGCUGUCCUGAAAAAGGACUCCACUGGCAAGCUUAAAGCUGAGUUCCUGGGAGACUCGGGAAGGGAGACAUUAGGUGACGCCAACACUGGUCUACAGAGACGCAUGAAAAUACCAAAUCAGGCCUUUCACCAUGAGGAUGUAGGGGCUUCGCACAGCAGUGGUCCAGACUCUAAAAGCAUUGCUGUUGAGCAAAACCGACUCAACCUAGCUCAGGAGGGCUACGCCAGCUCCAAGGAAAAAGAGUGUCACGCUUGAAGAGACUAACAGCUUUCCAACUCCAGGCUGAGAUGUACAUUUUGGUGGGCAGCCAUUGACGAUUUCCUGUUCAUCUGGCACUGAAUAGAUCAACUCAAGGCUGAAAUACAAACCGUGGCGAGCGGUUAUUGACAAGGUUUUGUGUGCUCCUCUAAAUGCGUAUCAGAAGAAGUAUUACUUACAGUAUUAAAACUAAAGCUGCCAAAUUGAAAGACCACAGAAACACCAGCUCUUAUAAUCCACAUUACUGUACAUUUCUUUAGCAGGCAAUUAUUUUUUUCAUAGCGUGUCGUAACAACAGAACAAAGAUACAUCCCCUGUGUUGGUAAAGAUAUUUAUAAAUACUGUUCAUUAUUACUAGUUUUAACAGCUCAGUAUUAAUUGAAGCCUUUAGUCAAAAUUCACAAAUCAUCCUGUUCAGAUUAUUUCAAUGAAAUAAAAUGUCUGUGUUCUUGUCUGCAAAAACUGAAGGGUUUGUGUGUUAUGUUAUGUUGCUUUUUGAUUGGAGUACAGUUCAAACAGUAGCAAGGGCGCAAUAAAUGUUGUCUGUCUUGUUGAUAUGCAUUCUGAGGAUUUUGCAUUUAGAAUUUUUGAAUAAAAUUAUUGUAAUACUCUUG